UGCCCGCCGCUCCCCGGUGCCCGCCGCUCCCCGGCCCCGGCAUGGCCGAGACGCACAACGAAUGCAGCAUCAAGGUUUUGUGCCGUUUCCGCCCCCUGAACCAGGCGGAGACGCUGCGCGGAGAUAAAUUCCUGCCUCUAUUCCAGGGCGGAGACAGCGUCAUCGUUGGGGGGAAACCGUAUGUGUUCGACCGUGUGUUCCCUCCGAACACGACCCAGGAGCAGGUGUACCACGCAUGUGCAAUGCAGAUCGUCAAAGAUGUCUUGGCCGGCUACAAUGGCACCAUCUUCGCGUACGGACAAACGUCAUCAGGGAAGACCCACACCAUGGAGGGCAAGCUGCACGACCCCCAGCUGAUGGGAAUUAUCCCACGGAUUGCCCGCGACAUAUUCAACCACAUCUAUGCCAUGGAUGAAAACCUCGAGUUUCACAUCAAGGUUUCAUACUUUGAGAUUUAUCUGGACAAAAUCCGUGACCUGCUAGAUGUGACUAAGACAAACUUGUCUGUACACGAGGACAAAAACCGGGUCCCGUUUGUCAAGGGCUGCACCGAGCGCUUCGUCUCCAGCCCCGAGGAGAUUCUCGACGUGAUCGAUGAGGGGAAGUCAAACCGACACGUGGCCGUCACCAACAUGAACGAGCACAGCUCUCGCAGCCACAGCAUCUUCCUCAUCAACAUCAAACAGGAGAACGUGGAGACGGAGCAGAAGCUCAGCGGGAAGCUCUACCUGGUGGACCUGGCGGGCAGCGAGAAGGUGAGCAAGACCGGGGCCGAGGGGGCCGUGCUGGACGAGGCCAAGAACAUUAACAAGUCUCUGUCCGCCCUGGGGAACGUCAUCUCCGCGCUGGCGGAGGGCACCAAAAGCUACGUGCCCUAUCGCGACAGCAAGAUGACGCGGAUCCUCCAGGACUCGCUCGGGGGGAACUGCCGGACAACUAUGUUCAUCUGCUGCUCUCCGUCCAGCUACAACGACGCGGAGACCAAGUCCACGCUCAUGUUCGGACAGCGGGCCAAGACCAUCAAGAACACUGCUUCCGUGAAUCUGGAACUGACGGCCGAGCAGUGGAAGAAGAAAUACGAGAAGGAGAAGGAGCGGAACAAGGCGCAGAAGGAGACCAUCCUGAAGUUGGAGGCAGAGCUGGCCCGUUGGCGCAAUGGAGAGAGCGUCCCGGAGACGGAGCGGCUCGGGCCGGAGCCGGCCGGGCCCGAGACCGGGGAAGAGACGCCUGUCAACGACAACGCCACUACCGGCACCUCCAUCACCACCGGCCUGGCCCGCGAAGAGCAACACAAGUACGAGGAGGAAAUCCGCAGCUUGUGCAAGCAGCUAGACGACAAGGACGAUGAAAUCAAUCAGCAGAGUCAGCUGAUGGAGAAGCUCAAACAGCAGAUGUUGGACCAAGAGGAGCUGCUGGUGUCCACCCGCGGGGACCACGAGAAGGUGCAGCAGGAGCUGGGGCACCUGCAGGCCGAAAGCGAGGCGGCCAAGGAGGAGGUGAAGGAGGUGCUGCAGGCCCUGGAGGAGCUGGCGCUCAACUACGACCACAAGUCGCAGGAGGUGGACGAAAAGGCGCAGCAGAACCAGCUGCUGGCUGACGAGCUGUCCAGGAAGGUGGCCACGACGCUGUCCCUGGAGUCGGAGCUGCAGCGGCUGCAGGAGGUCAGCGGGCAUCAGCGGAAGCGAGUGGCCGAGGUGCUGAAUGCGCUGAUGAAGGAUCUGAGCGAGUUCAGCGUCAUCGUGGGCAACGGCGAGAUCAAGCUGCCGGUGGAGAUCAGCGGAGCCAUCGAGGAAGAGUUCACUGUGGCGCGCCUGUACAUCAGCAAGAUCAAGUCGGAGGUGAAGUCGGUGGUGAAGCGGUGCCGGCAGCUGGAGAGUCUCCAGGUGGAGUGUCACCGCAAGAUGGAAGUGACCAGUCGCGAGCUGUCCUCCUGUCAGCUGCUCAUCUCCCAGCACGAAGCGAAGAUCCGCUCCCUGACCGAGUACAUGCAAACGGUGGAACUGAAGAAGCGGCACCUGGAGGAGUCGUACGACGCGCUGAGCGACGCGCUGGCCAAGCUGCGGGCCCAAGAAACGGUACACGAAGGGAACCUGAAGGACCAGGAACCUGACACUCAGGACUCAGAGGAGAAGAAGGUGCUGGAGCUGCAGAUGGAGACCCAGCGGGAGACCCAUCACCGGCAGCUGUCGCGGCUACGGGACGAGAUCAACGAGAAGCAGAAGACCAUCGACGAACUCAAUGACCUCAACCAGAAACUGCAGUUGGAGCUGGAGCGGCUGCAGGCCGACUACGAGGCUCUGAAAAGCGAGGAGCGCGCCAAGAGCGUCAAACUGCAGGAGCUGACAUUUCUGUACGAGCGGCAGGAACAGUCGCAGCAAGACCUCAGAGGGCUGGAGGAGACCGUGGCUCGGGAACUCCAGACCCUUCACAACCUGCGGAAACUGUUCGUUCAAGACGUCACGACUCGAGUCAAGAAAAGCGCAGAGCUGGAACCCGAAGACAGUGGGGGGCCCCACUCCCAGAAACAGAAGAUCUCCUUUCUGGAGAACAACCUGGAGCAGCUUACAAAAGUUCACAAGCAGCUGGUCCGUGACAAUGCAGACCUGCGCUGUGAGCUUCCGAAGCUGGAGAAACGACUUCGCGCUACGGCUGAGCGCGUUCGGGCCUUGGAGGGGGCACUGAGGGAAGCCAAGGAGGGCGCCGUCAAGGACAAGCGCCGCUACCAGCAGGAGGUGGACCGCAUCAAGGAGGCCGUGCGCUGCCAGAGCGCCGGCAAGCGGGGCCGCUCGGCCCACAUCGCCAAGCCCGUUCGCCCCGGACACUACCCGGCCGCGUCGCCUACCAACCCGUACGGCAGCCGCAGCCCCGACUGCGCCAGCUACACCAACAGCCUCUUCCAGAGCUACCAGGGCCUGUUCCUCCCGCCGCCGGGCCCCGCUCCUGCCGCCGGCCCCGUCGAUUCCUACUUCGGAAAGGCCUGCAGUGGCCCGAGCGCAGGCGGAGGCGCCACCGCCGCCCACCAGCAGCUCCACGUGGACAACGGAAAUGUCACCGACAUCAACGACAACAGGAGUGACCUCCCCUGCGGCUGUGAAGCCGACGACCAGUCUAAGCUGUUCCCAUUGCAGCAGCCAGAGACGGCGGCCAGUUAGAGCCGGGCCAGCAGUGGCGUAAUGGGAUCAAAGCCUCUGCCGUCCGUCCGUCCUUCCUUCCGUCUCUCCGUCCAUCCUGUGUCUCAGCAUGCUGCUCCCUGUGAUCUGACUCUCCCACCCUCCUGUACUCGCUGCUGCUGUGCCUGGACUACGGGUGGCUCUGGCUCCUGCCCCGGCCCCGGCCCCUCCCUGGUCCUGCUGCUCGAAGCUGCUGCUGCUGCUCCGGCCCCCCUCCCCCUAAGCGGCCGACAAUUCCCCAGUCAAAGUUUAGUGUGUGUCCAUGUCCAGGUCUAGAGACGGUCCACUCUUAGUCCCCUUCCCCCAAUCUGGGGGCUGAGGCUGGCCCUCUCUCUGCCCCUCCCACACUGUUGGCUGCAAGAAGGGAACACAGCAGCACAGCCAGACUCAGCCUCUGCCCCCCUGCCAAGCUCCCCCACAGACUGCACACGGCGAUAUGCCGAUGUGCUAAGGGGCCUUGCAGGGAGCUCCUGGCCUGAGGGCUCCUGACCUGGGGGCUCCUGGCCUGGCGGCUUCUGGCCUGAGGACUUCUGACUUGGGGGCUCCCGGCCCGGGGACUGGGGGAAGAGCCUGGACACUGGACUCCCUUCUGCUGGAGGCCGGGGCGAGGUGGUGGGGCAGCUAGGGAAAAGACCAAGGGGGGACUGGUGCCCCCUGCCCUGGCAGCCACCCUCUCGGAGAAGGAGGAGGAGGAGGAAGAAGAGGGGCGGGAGGUGACCUCACGUGUCUCAGCAAUGUUGCAUGUCGAGUGGAAAGGAGCCCCUGGCCCUCUCCCCUAGGCCCUGCCUCUGUUGCCAUAAAUAACUGAAAUACACAGCUACCAUCAC